AUGGUCCGAUCUAUGUUGAUAGCAAGAAGGUGGGCGUCCAGUUCCGCGUCCAGUUUUAAACCUGGAACUAAGUUCAACACGUUUGAUAGAAAGGCUAAGUUGGCUCAAAGAACAAGAGCAGCAAGUCUCACACCUGAACUCUCCAAAAAGACAGAAUAUCUUCGUGAUGAAGUGGCCACGAGAACUAUAGAAAGAUUGGCGUUUAUAACUAGGGAUUUCACCAAAUUGCUUGAUCUCGGAGCUCAUCUGGGCAAUUUACUCAAGAGCUUGUGUAUGGAAAGUGAGAUACCUGCUGAAGCGGAUGCGGAACAAAAGGCUAUGAUCAAAGAGUUGAAUGAGGAUAGGCUCAAGGUUCGUAACAAGAUAAAGGAAUAUGUUAUGGUUGACUCUUCUAAGGAAAUGCUUGAACGAGAUGCAGAGGAACCGUUUAAUACAUUGUUCCCAGGUAAAAUCGUCCGUGUGGUAGCAGAUGAAGAAACGUUCAAUAAUGAAGAAUAUCUCCAGAAGGAAAACCAAUAUGAUAUUGUUGUUUCUAACUUAUCAAUGCAUUGGAUCAAUGAUUUACCUUCAGCUUUUGCCAAGAUUAAUAAGCUUUUGGCUCCAGAUGGAGUAUUUGUAUGUACCGUUUUCGGUGAAGAUACCAUCUAUGAAUUGCGUACUUCAUUGCAAUUGGCUGAGAUGGAAAGAAGAGGAGGGAUCUCUCCUCGUGUAUCACCAUUGAUCAAACUUGAUGAUGUUAACAGCUUGCUUUCACGUGCUGGCUUCAAGAUGCUUACCAUUGAUUCAGAGGAGAUCGUUGUAGGUGGGUUCCCAGAUAUUGUAGCUGUUUGUGAAGAUAUACAAGGUAUGGGAGAACUGAAUGCCGUUUUAUCCCGUCCAGGGUUCAUGCCUCGAGACCUUCUUUUGGCUGCAAAUGAAAUCUAUAAAACAUUACAUGGAGAAGAAGGUCCUGAUGGGAAGGUUACAUUACCUGUGACAUUCAAUGUCAUAUUUAUGAUUGGUUGGAAACAUUCAGAUGCUCAACCCCAACCUCUUGAAAGAGGAACAGGUCAAAUAGAUUUGAAACAAGUGUUGUAA